AUGGCGGCGCCAACAGCCAUCCCUCACCCUGAGACCUCGUCGCACCACUCCCCCGCCUCUGCAGCUGCUGCGAUGCCCCCUCCCGUACCCUCGCGGCCAAGCCCGGGUGCGAGCACAUCCCUCGCUGCCACCUCGGGGUUCUCCUCGCGCUCUUUGUCCGCUGCCAGCGCCGGCCUCGUGUCGCCCAUCUACCAGUACGCCCGCAGCGCGUCCAUGUCCGGCAAUAACGCCGCCACCAGCGCAUCAGGGCCAUCAGCAGGCCCACAGAAAGAGUAUUUUGACCUCUCUCGCUCGUCUUAUGUCGGCGCCGGCCCUGGCGGUCCGGGGAACGGCAACGCAGGCGACAAGCUCCCUGCCGGUUCGACCGCCGCUGCGGCGGCAGCAGCGCUGAGGCGCAAGAGCUCAUCUGUCUCCUCUUCCUCCUGGUCCUCCACCUCAGGAGGCGACGUGGAUCGCGAGCCGGUAACACCUGGCGCUCUCGGCGCCGGUGCUGCCGCCGCCAACGGUAAGCAAGGUCACGUGCAGAUGCAACAGUCGCUCUCCAGCAUCGGCUUCGCAGGCGGCUUGGCGCUCGGACGCGUGCCGAGCUACCCAUUUAGCUCGAGCGUCGCCGCCGGCCAGCAGCACCGCCGCCUGCACAGCGGCUCAUUCACGUCGAGCUCGAGCGCCUCGUCGCCGUCCACGUCGACCGGCUCCGCGUUCGCGCCAGCUUCGUUGACCCAUUCGGCAACGAGCAACGGCAACAGCAGCGGGGUCACGUCGCUCCUGCGCAGACUCAGCAUCUCUACGGGCGUCGCGCCGCUCAAGAGCCCAACUGCGCCGCCCCAUAGCUCGCUCGUGGACGCCGCGCCCACUUCGGGCACUGCGUCCGCACCGCCGAUGAGCGCACCGCCGCAGUUCGGCGGCUUUGGUACGCGUGGCAGUGGGAGCCGAGCCGCAGAGCACAGGGCCGCCAACGCAGCCAAGAUCAAUGACAGCAUCACCAACCACGUCGCGGCGCCUGGAGUGCUGAUCAGCGCCAAUGACCUUGCCGGUGCCAACGCCGCUGCGCCCGUCGAGCGGGCGGGGAGCAUGGGCAAGAAGUCCGGACGCCGGCGGCAAGCGGGCGGCGAGGCCAGCGCCAGCGCCAGCGCGGGCUCAUCGAUCAAGCGCCGUCCCAGCCCCAUGGGCGAGCGCUUCCUCAUGGGCCACUAUGCGCACUAA